ACCUUGGGGUCUGGCCCGCAGUCUCAACCCACACAUCCGAUGCCCCUCGCCCAAAACGUCCAUAAUCCCACCAGGACCCGGUUGUCUCCAAGGAACUUCCCCUUGUCCCAGUUGCCUUGGAAGCCUUACAGCGCCCCAGUUCUGCACUCGAUGCCACGGCCCUAGUGUCCCCUUCCCUCGCCCAUUCCCUUCCGGGGACUCCGGGAUCUGGACUCCGAACCCCGCUCCUGACUAACCUGGCAGAGUCAGCAGCUCAAGCAGAAAUAGGAGCGCGAGGAAUGGGGGUCCCCAGGCCCGUCUCAUCUCCGGGAUCGGGGGAGUUUAGGUGUAGGGCCGCCUCUCCCUGACUCAAGAUCGGGGAGUGUGGCGUCCAGCUAAUUUACGGAUGGCUUUCGCUUCCUUCUCCCGCCCGCCUCAUGUUGACUGCGGGGGCGGUCGGAGCUGUCUCGGCUGGGGAGCGGGCGCGAGGCGGCGGCGGCGGCUUUCCGCCCGGCGCUCGCGCUGUCCCGAACCGACCUCUGGUCAGUAUUUCCGAGCCCGCGCCGCGUCUGCCUCCCGCCGCAGGGAAAUCCCCAAAGCCGUACUCCUUAGCCUCGUGCCUAACCCAGAGUCGACGGAGGGGACGGCCAGGAAUGUCCGACGAAACCGAAAGAAAAUUCAGACUGCGGGCUGAGACGAGUCUGGGUAGGUGGGCAGUGACCCUACGAGAUGAUCGAGUUCGGUUCAGGGAUGUCAGCCCCUCUGGCCGCCACAGGUCAGUCCGCGGACCUGUGAAAUGGAUGACCGGCUAGACUCCCACCUGCUCCAGCAUGUUUUCACUUCCCCUGUUCCCCCGCUGUGUCGCAGCGGGAUCCACUCGCAAGGCUGAGGUGAAGCGGUCAAAGGACUCAGGCCUGAGCUCAGCCGCGCACGCACUGACUAGGGCAGCCACCCGCCAAGGCACCCAGUCCGGGAGGGCGUGGCCACCCGAGGGACUGGCAGUGGGCUCGGGCAGCCCUGACGUCACGAUCCUCCCCCCUGCCCCGAGGUAUUUACCUUCGAAAAGUAGUGGCGGCUGCAGGUACCGGAGGAGUGGGGCGACCGGGUGGGGCUAGGUCUACUGGGGCUCACGCCAAAGCCCCAGGGAUGCCUCAGCUCCUAUUCCCUCUUCCCAUACCCCAUAGACCAAUGGGUUGUCCUUCCUCACCAAACCCUUCUCCAUAGGAUUAACCCUACUUCAUCUCGACCCUUAAUUAAAACUCUAGAGGAUCUGAGUACUCAAAUUUUGAGCUCAAAAUACCAUCUCAUCCCUGAGUACUCAUCUUCAACCCUAAUAGCCCACUUUCCAAUCCAGCCCCCCAACUUUUCCACCCCUGAUCUCCCAUCCUCAUUCCCCAAAACCCAACUCUCAGUUCCUAAUAUACAACCAUAGAUCCACCCUAAAUAACCUUCAAACCCACGCUCUCCCCCAUUUAGUGACCCAGCCCCAAACUCUCCCAACACUACCCUAUCCCUUCCUCUGCUCAGUCUGGGCCCAGGCCCUGUCCCCCUGAAGACAUGGAGUUUGUGUCUGGAUACCGGGAUGAAUUCCUUGAUUUUGCUGCUCUCCUCUUUGGCUGGUUCCGCAAGUUUGUGGCAGAACGAGGGACUGUGGGGACCAGCCUUGAGGGCCGCUGGCGACAGCUGGAGGCUCAGAUCAGAAGGCUGCCCCAGGACCCUGCCCUUUGGGUGCUCCAUGUCUUGCCCAACCGUAGUGUGGGCAUCAGCCUGGGGCAAGGGGCAGAGCCAGGCCCUGGACCAGGCCUGGGGGCUGCCCGACUCCUGGGAGAUGAGCCUCCACUCCACCUUCGAGACCUGAGCCCCUAUGUCAGCUUUGUCAGCCUAGAGGAUGGGGAGGGAGGGGAAGAGGAGGGGGAAGAAGAUGAAGAAGGAGAGAAUGGAGAAGAGGAGGGUGCAAGCACAGAGAAGGUGGAACCACAGGAGGAUGGGGAACCAGCCCCUACCAGCAGGGAAUCCCCUCAGGAAGCCAAGCCUCCAGGAGAGCCAGAGGAGACUGAACAGGAGGCGUGUGGUGAGGAUGGCUGCCGAGAUUACAAAGUGGAGGAUGAAACGGGACCUGAGAAGAGAAAGGAACGCGGGAGUGAGACUGCCCCCCUGCACCUUUCCUGCCUCUUACUGGUGACGGAUGAGCAUGGCACCAUCUUGGGCAUUGAUCUGCUAGUAGAUGGAGUCCAAGGGAAUGUGGGCUGGGGUUCAGGAACUGAGAACCUAGCUUCUCGGGCCUAUGCUCUUCUCUGCCAUAGCAUGGCCUGCCCCAUGGGCUCUGGGGACCCCCGAAAGCCCCGACAGCUUACAGUGGGAGAUGCUCAGCUGCAUAGAGAACUGGAGAGCCUGGUCCCAAGACUGGGUGUGAAGUUAGCAAAGACCCCAAUGCGGACAUGGGGUCCUCGGCCAGGCUUCACCUUUGCCUCCCUUCGGGCUCGAACCUGCCAUGUUUGUCACAGGCACAGCUUUGAAGUGAAGCUGACACCCUGUCCCCAGUGCAGUGCCGUAUUAUACUGUGGAGAGGCUUGUCUCCGGGCUGAUUGGCGGCGAUGUCCAGAUGAUGUGAGCCACCGAUUUUGGUGCCCAAGGCUUGCAGCCUUCAUGGAGCGGGCAGGGGAACUGGCAACUCUACCUUUCACCUACACUGCAGAAGUGACCAGUGAAACCUUUAACAAGGAAGCCUUCCUGGCCUCCCGGGGCCUCACUCGUGGCUACUGGACUCACCUCAGCAUGCUGAUUCCAGGACCUGGCACCCCCAGGCACCCUCGAGGCAGCACACCAUCCCUCAGCCUUCUUCUCAGUGGAGAUCCCUACCAGCUUCUCCAGGGGGAUGGGCCUUCCCUGAUGCCUCCAGUGCCCUCAGAUCCACCCAGGACCCUCUUUGGCUCGUGGCAGGAUUACUACACAUGGCGGGGCCUCAGCCUCGACUCUCCCAUGGCUGUGCUUCUCACCUACCCACUGACCGUGUACUACGUCAUCACCCAUCUGGUGCCCCAGUCCUUCCCUGAGCUCAAUAUUCAGAACAAGCAGUCGCUGAAGAUCCACGUGGUAGAGGCAGGGAAAGAAUUUGACCUUGUCAUGGUGUUUUGGGAGCUUUUGGUCUUGCUCCCUCACGUGGCCCUGGAGCUGCAGUUUGUGGGUGAUGCCUUGCCAGCCGAGAAUGACCAGCAACAUUUUACCCUGCAAAGGGAUGGCCCUGAGGUGUCUGUCCGUCCUAAUUCUGGGGUAUCAGCACGGCUCAACUCUGGGACUAAGGAGAAAGGGGGUCGCAGAGACCUGCAGAUCAAGGUGUCAGCCAGACCCUAUCAUCUGCUCCAGGGGCCCAAGCCUGACCUCGUUAUCGGAUUUAACUCGGGCUUUGGUCUCAAGGACACGUGGCUGAGCUCUCUGCCCAGGUUACAGUCUCUCCGAGUGCCUGCUUUCUUCACCGAGAGCAGCGAGUACGGCUGUGUGAUGGACGACCAGACCAUGGCGGUGGCCACGGGAGGGGGCACCAGUCCUCCACAACCGAACCCCUUCCGCUCCCCGUUUCGCCUCAGAGCAGCUGACAACUGCAUGCCCUGGUACUGCAACGCCUUCAUCUUCCAUCUGAUCUACAAGCCUCCCCAAGGCAGCGGGGCCCGCUCGGCGCCCGGCCCUGCGCCCCCAGCCCCCACUCCCACAGCUCCUCCUGCCCCCGCCCGAAGGCGCCGAGGAGAAAAGAAGGCUGGACGCGGAGUCCGCCGGCGGAGAUGAGUGCAAAGAUAGUAGCAGUGUACUCCUUCUCCAAACACAUCCUAGAAGAAAACAAACACUCUAGGCCAAAGGGGAGGAU